AUGACUCCGAAAAAUGUGAUCCGUUUCAUUUUGGUGCUGAUCCAUGUGAGCAGCUGUUUGGGUAGAUCAGGGAAAAUGUUUUCUCCUAGCUUUAUCUCAGUGGCGAAGUCAUUGUCAAGCUGGCCAAUUUUCAGCGCAGGGAUAUCUGUAACUGUUGCACUUGUUCUGUCCUUGUUUCUAACUUUCGAGCAUCUCUGCGCGUACCAUCAACCUGAGGAGCAGAAGUUCUUGAUUGGUCUCAUUAUGAUGGUUCCAGUAUAUGCUGUUCAAUCAUUCUUCUCAUUACUGAAUUCAAAGGUUGCUUUCAUCUGUGAGAUGAUGCGGGAUUGUUAUGAGGCAUUCGCAAUGUAUUGCUUUGAGAGAUAUCUGAUAGCAUGCUUAGGUGGGGAGGAAAGUACCAUCAGAUACAUGGAGGAUCAGUUUCAACCCAGUGAUAGUUCUCCUUUGCUAGACGUUGAUUAUGAUUAUGGUAUUGUGAAACAUCCAUUCCCAUUGAACUGGUUUAUGAGAAACUGGUACCUCGGUCCUGACUUUUAUUAUGCCGUGAAGAUUGGCAUUGUGCAAUACAUGAUACUCAAGCCUAUUUGUGCUAUCUUGGCAAUUUUGCUAGAACUUCUGGGUAUCUAUGGAGAAGGAAAAUUUGCAUGGAGAUAUGGGUACCCAUAUUUGGCUGUUGUCCUAAAUUUCAGCCAGACAUGGGCAUUGUACUGUCUUGUACAGUUCUACACUGCUACCAAGGAGAAGCUGGAACCUAUUAAGCCCCUGUCCAAGUUUCUAACUUUCAAAUCUAUUAUAUUUUUGACAUGGUGGCAAGGUAUUGCUGUUGCAUUUCUGUUUUCAACUGGGCUUUUUAAUGGACAUCUGGCACAAAGUUUGCAAACACGUAUCCAGGAUUAUAUAAUAUGUCUGGAGAUGGGGGUGGCGGCAGUGGUUCAUAUGAAAGUAUUUCCAGCUAAGCCCUACAGGCGUGGCGAGAGAAGUGUUUAUAAUGCUGCUGUCAUGUCUGAUUAUGCAUCCCUGGGGGCUCCAGAUCCUGAAGAAGAACAAGAGAUUGAUAAUUUAACAAUCAUGGAAACCUCUCGCCCUGAUUCCAGAGACAGGCGGUUGAGUUUUCCUCAGAGUGUUCGUGAUGUUGUGUUAGGAAGUGGUGAAAUUAUGGUCGAUGAUGUCAGAUACACAGUCUCCCACGUCGUUGAGCCCAUGGAAAGGAGUUUCACGAAGAUAAAUAAGACACUCCACCAAAUAUCUGAGAAUGUGAAGCAGAUUGAGAAGCAGAAGAGGAAGGCAAAGGACGACAGCCAUCUUAUUCCACUGGAAUCAUGGUCAGAGGAAUUUUCAGAAGCUCAAGAUCAGGUUCAAGGUGGUAGUUUUAGUGACAGUGGAUUAGCUAGGAAAAGGUACAACAAAUUUCGCAGACUCCGCAGGUGGUUCUAG